AUGGCAGCUACGACUGUUGAGACCAACAAACUUCAAGUAUUAGUACCCGGUGGUGUUGGUUUUAUAGGCAGCCAUUGUGUGCUUGAAUUAAUCAAAGCCGGUUAUGAGCCUAUCCUACUCGACAAUCUAUCGAAUUCUUCAAUAGAGUGUUUAAAACGAGUAGAACAAAUUGCUGGAUGUAAAAUAACAAAUUAUAAACUUGAUUGUCUUGAUUUGGAAGGCUUACGGGAUAUUUUUAAAAAGCACUCCAUUUAUGCUAUUAUGAAUUUUGCUGCAUUGAAAUCUGUUGGUGAAUCUGUGCAAAAACCUGUUUUAUAUUAUAAAAACAAUGUGGGCUGUUUACUGAAUUUACUAACGUGUAUGGAAGAAUUCAAUGUGAAAAAUUUUCUUUUUUCAUCAUCAGCUACUGUUUAUGGCGCACCACAGUAUUUACCACUUGAUGAAAAACAUCCAUGCAUUGGAGAUUCAAUUACUAAUCCAUAUGGGAAGAGUAAAUAUAUUUGUGAACAUAUUCUCAAAGAUACAGCAAUUGCUCAUCCUGAUUGGAAUAUAAUUAUUUUACGUUAUUUUAAUCCGGUUGGCGCUCAUGAAUCAGGCUUGAUCGGCGAAGAUCCUGUCGGAAGACCAAAUAAUCUCAUGCCAUAUGUUGCCCAAGUAGCUGUUGGUCGGCUGCCAUUUGUCAAUGUCACGGGUACCGAUUAUGAUACACCUGAUGGAACAGGUGUACGCGAUUAUAUCCAUGUUGUGGAUUUAGGAACAGGUCAUAUUGCAUGUAUGAAAAAAUUUAAAGAAAAUUGUGGUCUUCAAAUGUAUAAUCUUGGUACAGGCAAAGGCUAUUCGGUGUUGGAAAUGAUCAAAGCAUUAGAAAAAGCAUCCGGUAAAACUAUUGCUUUUAAAGAAUGUCCUCGACGUCCAGGUGAUCUUGCUUCUGUUUAUGCUGAUCCUGCUCUAGCUGCAAAAGAACUCGGAUGGGCGGCUCAACGAGACUUAGAUGAUAUGUGUCGGGAUCUAUGGCGGUGGCAAUCGAAAAAUCCGAAUGGAUUUCAAUAG